UGUAGGAAAGUUAUAGAGUUCACAAACUAUGGGAUAGAUCUGAAUAUUGAUCAAAUGUCAGAAUAGUACAGAUAUCCCCCAAAUGUCAGGACGGUACAAAUAUCCCCCAAAUGUCAGGACAGGACAGAUAUCCCCCAAAUGUCAGCACAGGACAGAUAUCCCCCAAAUGUCAGGACGGUACAGAUACCCCCAAAUGUCAGGACGGAACAGAUAUCCCCCAAAUGUCAGGACGGUACAGAUAUCCCCCAAAUGUCAGGACGGUACAGAUAUCCCCCAAAUGUCAGGACGGUACAGAUAUCCCCCAAAGGUC